AGCAACAAAGCAUCCUCAGGGCUUGAUCAAGCAGGACUUGACAACAUACGGCAUCCACCACUCGAGCUAGCACUCAAAGAGAAGCUGUCACCCGCCGAUCAGGCACUCUUCAAUCAUGGGUCGACGUUCUAUGCUCGACUCCAUUCUCAAUCGCCCCUCCCAAUCCUACACUGCACCUGAUCCAAACUUGACCUCGUCCUCUCGAAGCAAGACACCGCGAGGAUGGCAAGCUCCCAGCGACCUUCCAAAUGCGCCCAAUGCGCCCUCGAGCAUUCUGUCCGGCUCCAUGUUCUCCAAGGGAACACUUGGUAGGACCAAAGGUGCUUCUGUAGGCGGAUCAGUGACUGGCGGCAGUUUGCGAUUCGGUCGCAAGAAAAAGAACAGCAUCAUUGAUGAUGGUGCGAGCAGCAUCGCGCCACCUAGCACGGUUGCAGACAGCGUCACAGGCGAGCGGCGCCGAAGUCGAUGGUGGGAGGGCUCACUUCGCGGGCUCGGCAAGUCUGGCGGAAGCAGAGCUCCUAGCAUUGCGGGCGAAAGCAUCUUCUCAGAACCUGCCGAACCUCCUUCUGGACGUGCAGCAGGCUGGGCAGGCGUUGGUGCGGGAGCAACGGACUCUAGUAGAAGACGACAUGGCACUUUCAGCGAGUACGGGGAGCCCUCUGGCAGCAGAUCACGCAUGGCAUCACCUAGUCCAGUUCCUCCUCUACCACAGCACGACUUGAGCGCGCUGAGGGCUAUGAACGGCAAUACUAGCCUCGCACAAUCUGGUCGUCUCGCAACACAGGGCGUAGCUCCACUAGGCCAGUCAGAUCCGGCCCUUGCUCGCUCCAGAAGCCCACCGCCGCCUUCUCAAAGCGGCUCUGUGCGGUCAUCCUCGGCGAAGCGUGAUGGCAAGCGUCUAUCGACCGCAUCGAGCCCAGAUCUGCAAGCUCAAGCAGCUCGACAGCGACAAAGUUCAAAGGGACAGGAUGCAUCGCAGGACUGGUCCGCUUUCAUCGCAAGCAUGAAUGGUCCCCAAAAUGUCAAUGGCCGAGUCCAAAGUUUCGCUGUGGCGGCAUCCGCUUCCUCGGCAAAGGACGCCAAAGUGCAGAGGCGGAGAAGCGCAGCUGAGAGGGUACGCAGAGAGUUGGAGCAGGAUGCCUUGGCGGACCAAGCAAGUAGAGACCCUGGGGUGGUGCACCAAGAUCUGCUCGCAAGGGCUGCUGCGCAAGUCAUUGGCCAGAGCGCGCCGCUUCAGUCCGGGGCUGAGCCUGUCGAUCAACAAGGGAUGCAAUCGUAUGCUGGUCUUCGUCCUGGCUCAGUCAUUGGCGAGGCCAGCGAAAGUCGACCUGUGUCUAGUCUGGCCACUUCACAUCCUCCAGCGCGACCCGAGGCCGCGCACACACAGCCUCUGGACCAACAUGCUUGGGCCGUCCAACAGCACGCAGCUGCCUUGAAUGCCGUUGCGCCUUCGAAUGGCUCGGUGCACACACUUGCUGUGCAACAGCACCUGCAAAGCCAUGCUCAGGCAGUUGCUCAGCCAGCUCCGGCCUCCAGCGUAGUCCCGCAAACGCCGGCCGCUGUCCAACCUCCGCGGCCAGCUUCCUCUGCAUCUCUCCAUCGGGACUUGCCCCCGUCACCAUCAGCAGCUCAAGGACAAGAUGACGAAUCAGAAUCUUCAGGCGAGGAAUCCCAAUCUGGAACGGAGUCGGAAGAAAGCGAUGAGACGGCGCCUCGUCAAGUCCCGAUGCUCGAUGCUUUGGUGGAAGAGGAUGAGGACAGCAGCAGCGCAGGUGGACAUGAAAUGCGGCCGCGCUCCCCGCCUGUUCCGCAAGCCCGACACUCUGCUUUCGCAGCUGCCUUGAAAAAGUCGAAUGUUGCGGGCACCAAUGUGGCUGCGGAGGUCAAUCAGCAAGCCACUUCCGUAACUCCUGCCAUCAGUGUAGAGGACGUCCCGAAUCAAGCUCUACUCAAGGAUCAUCGACCAAUUGCCGAAAUAACACGGGAAGAGACGGACAGCGACAGCGAGGAAAGUCUUAGCGAAGAGGGGCCCAUCACACAAGGCCCAUUGGCCUCUACUGCAUCCGCGGAGAGCGUUGCGCCAUCAUUGCCACCCAAACCUUCGCAGGAGCGGAGUGCUGAAGUGGCCCCCGCUAAGCAGAGCGAUAGCGAUCGCAAAGCAGAAUCUGACGCAGAGGAUUCGGAUACAACAGACUCGGAAGCGGCUUCACGGAAGAGCAGUGGGGCCAGCGGACCGGCGAGUCGCGCGUCGUCCAUCCGGCCUAGCACUCUACCUAGACGGCUCAGCGAUCUCAGCCUCGGCGCUUCGUUUGCCAUCAGCAACAUGCUGCGAGGCAGUCGAGCGCCAUCGCAAGCUUCGUCCUCGCGUCGCAUGCGCAUGCGAGAUGGGGACUCUGACAGCGCUGGUGAGCGUUCGGAAGAUGACGCGGAACUGCGUGCCAAGGCGCAACUGGAGUUGGAGAGGCUUCGAUCCAUCAAGGUGGGGGAUGAUUUCUUUGGCGACAGUCUGGCAGGCAUGUUGGACACGUUCGAUCGCAGGAAUUGGUCGGACACUACAAUCGAUCGAUUGGGGCUUGAUGCGAGCGCCAAACAGCAAGAGGCUGCCCGCACCGGCAACACAAACAGGUCUUCGAUCAUUCAGAACAGUGGCAAAGGCUCGAAUGCCGAGUCGUCUGUUCACGAGCGGCUGAUACAAAUUCGCCAGCAGCGCGCGGAGCUCAGUCAGACUGCGGCCGGCAACGUUGCCGAGACGAAGAGCUUGGAGAGCGGCAUUGCGCCAAGCUUCGCUGCUGCGUGGCUCCUCAACCAGGCAGACGACAAGUCUGUGCGCAGCCGCGCCGACUUGCUCGCUUCGACUCACAAUUCACACAGCGCUUCGCACGCUCGCCAGGCCUCUGCAGCGAGCGCCGGCACGUUGGACUCGGUGGGUAGCCCUGCCGAGCAAUACAAAAGCCUCUUUGCUGGGAGCGCAUGGCAGAGCGAAGCAAGCUCUGCGGCUGCGAAGCCUCCAGUCAGUAUUCUUGACAGACCUCGGCCGCGUGGUGCCAAGCCAUCAGAUAUGGGUGGCGUAGAGAUUCGCCAGGGAAGGCUGGAAGCUGACUCGCCAGCCAAGGCUAGUCCUCCACCCGAGGACACGCGCAGCACUCUACCUGCAAGCUUGUCUGCCGCUCUUUUCAAGACGCCGCCAAGAGAGGGCUCUCUCGCUGAAUCUUCGUCUGCGGACGAUUCCGCUACGACCAUGACGCCCGCCGAUACAAAAAGCAAGGACAAGCCUGCUCCUGCCAAGUCAGCUUUGAAACCGAAGCCCUCCAAGUCGCUUGCCGACACGCUCUUCAAUUUUGGCUCGCCUGGUAAGGACGAAAAGCGGGAAAAGAAAUCGAGGAGAGGAGGUGCUUCCAAGGCUACCUUUGCCAACGAUGACAAGGACGACUUCAAAAAUGACGAGGCUCAGGAGGCGUCCAAAGCGCCACCUUCAGCAUGGGCAAAGAAAGAGCGCAAGAUUGCCAAAGCGGAGCGCAAAGCGCAGCUUGCUCAAGGAACGGGCAAUGUGCAGUCGAGCGAGCCCUUCAGAGGCGACUCACUCGCGAAUCCAGCCCCCGGCAAGGUACAAGGCUCGAAUCAGCAUCCAGACCCGCUUGAGCGAAGCACCGACCUGGACCUCUCGCCGCAGCGGCCUGAUGCCUUGUAUCGCGUGUCUAGCGGGCUGACUUCGCCUGGAGGUAGCAGCACAGACGGAUUCGAAUCGGCAAACGAGUUCGUUACUCCUGACGUCACCCCAAGGGAAGAUCCACUCAACAGAGCUGCGUUUUUGACCUUGCCUAAGCUUGCUGUAGCGACAUCAGUGGAUGGGCUGCCGGCAUCGCAGGCCAGUCCGCCAUUGCCUUCUGCGACGUCGGCAUAUCUGGACGCACCAGAGUCUCCUCUGGCACCUCACACCCUGCCCAGCCUUGCCUCGACCUUGAAGUUUACUACUGCUCCUGACCUGUCAGCACUGAACGAUGAUCAGUCCUCCAAGCCGUCAGCGGGCGCUGCAUCACUUUCGCCUUCUCGUGAACACUCUGUGCAGUCCGCGGAUAUUCCUGCACCUGCAUCUGCUCCUCUUGCCACUCCGGCACUUCGUCGUGAGACAGUUGGCGACUCGCCGAUGGAAGACCUGUGGUCUGGCGAAAGCGCGUUGAGUACCAAUAUUUCUACACCAUCCGCCUCUGACGUUUUGGUCAGCCACGCACCCUUGUUCGACCAACGUGCGCCAGCUUUGAACAAAGGCAAAGGCAAAGAGGUAGAACCAGCGCUAGAGUCGCAAGCAGUGCCGUCUUCCCAGCCAGCCGCAGUGGUGGAUAAAGACGGCGCGUUGAGCAAAAGGCUGCCAAUGCCUCCCGUUCCCUCCUUCGAGAAUGCAGUAGCUUCAGAAAACCUCCCUGACGACACCACACCCCUUGCUGUCAACCGGCCCGAGCCCACUUUCGGAUCACGCACCCCUCAAGCGCGCGAGCAAUCUGAGCCGCACUACGUGAACCUUAUUCCGCCGACUCCACCAGCACUAGAGUCUCGACCCUCAUUCGGUGCCUCGCGUCCUCCUGCGACAGAGCCACUCGCGGAGGACAAUGACACGGCUGAGGAAGUGGGCAGACCUGGCGUGCUCCGUCGCUCCUCAUCGACCAAGUCUACAAGUCGCAAACGCAGCUCAAUUGCAGCCUCGGAGCCGGGUGAGGGAACUGCGGGUUCCUCAUACACCCUUGCGCGCUCAGCUUCGACAUCGACGAAGCGUCCUGUCAGCUACCAAGUGUACACCGGCAAAGGUCUGAGUUUGCCGCCAGGCCUCGUCGCCACGACGGUCGCCUCUUCGGCGCGACGGACGAGCAGUGUUCCAGUCGCGUCGAGUGAUGUGCCCCAUGCCACGUCCGCGGAGGCUGCGCCUUUGGUGGAGCGCAAGAAGAGCUCGAAGAAAGCAGGCAAGGAGAAGAGUUCGCUUCGAAAGGCCAAGACGGCUGCACCGGACGCCCCUCCUGUCCCAAAGAUACCCACCCUACCCAGCGCGCCUGGCAGCGUGCGUGAUGAGGAUGUAUUGUCGUCCGUAGGAACCCACACGGAGUCGAACGCAGGCUCGCAGCUCUCCGCGUCGCGGUCAGCUUCUCCAUCCGGCUCGCCCUCGCCUGCGCCCAGCAUCUCAGCCCCUGGAUCUGUUGUGUCUUCAGCGGCCGGAAGCGCGGUAUCGGACGGCUCUUACUCUCGUCUUUACGCACCUCAUCCCCGAAAGAUACGGACGUUGUCCGCAGGUCCGAGUGGCCAGGCAAGGACCGCGGUCAUGUCCGCCAUCAACGAGUGGGAAAGCAGUCCGAUUAGCGAAUACGCGGUACCCAGCCCAUUGCAAAACGACGCAAGUCCAACAAGCCUCAACCCAGUGGGCGCGUAUGGUCGUGGACCAAGUCCUGUUCCGGUCAGUGUAGGACCUAGCUCGGGGCACGCAUCUGUGUACAACAGCGUGCCUGCCUCCAUGGCGUCGAGAAGCAACAGCAGCAUCGUUAUCGGAGCAACUCCUGCCCUUGUGCGGAGCGCCCCGAUUGGUGCCGCCACUGAUGCCUAUUUACCGGUCCCUCGGUCGAGGCUGAGCAUGGACGGUGCAAGCAGUCCCGUUCAUUUUGGCGAUCGCCGAGGCUCGGCUUCACCUGCGACCCAAAGCGUUGACGGUCAUGGCCGCUACUAUCCAGAGUCGGCGGCAUCGAGAGAGAGCGGCUGGUCGGCUUCGCAGUCAGCUAUGAGCCUGCCAGCGGUGCCCACGGCCUCCUAUAGGCCCAAGGAUCCUCUUCGCUCUCAAAACACAAUCGACGAUAGGCUUUACGCUCGCACGACUAUGAACACGGUAUCUGUGGCGAGCGGAGCUUUCAUGCAAGAGGCCAAGUCACAAAGCAAGAGGCGCUCGAUUGACGCACCGGCGGGUCCUCUCGCCGGCUCUGGCGCACCUCGUACUUCCUCUGAGGUGCCGGAGCAUCUACAGGAUGAGCUUGGACAAACGACGAUGGCGCUCAGCUCCCACACUCCACCGCCGCGCAAGCUCACUUCGACUCAAGUCCUGUGCCAAGUCAUCGCAGUAGCGAUCGAUGAGUUCGAUAGGACGGUGCUGCGCGAGAAAGUUAGAAAUGGAAGCGCUUACGGUUUCGUCCCAGGCCGGUCGUUCUCCGGUCGUGUCAUGGAGACAGGUUGGGAGGUCAAGAAAGUACGCCGGGGAGAUGUCGUCUUCGGUUUGCAGACCGCGAAGAAGUCAGGUGCUCUUGCAGAGUUCAUGGUCAUCGAGCAGAACCUCAUCGCAAAAGCACCCGAAGAUUGCUUGACGACGGAACAGAUUGCCGCGUUACCAGCGACAGGAGUCAUGUCUUAUCAGCUCAUGCAGAAUCACUGCUCCCAAGUGCCGCGCGGGGCGCGCAUUCUCAUCCUCAACGCACACGACGGCAUCGGCCUUCUGACAAUGCAGGAGUGCGCCCCUCUUGGGCUCAUCGUCGUUGCACAGUGCCCUGCUUCGGUAUCCGAUGGUGUCGCGGUAUGCGAAGCCAAUGGUGCACACGAAGUCGUCAUUGGGGAACCGCUUUGGGCAAUCAAUUCCCUGCAUGAGUCCAGCUUUGACCUCGUCGUGGACACUGUGGGCGGACGUCGAAUCUAUGAUGCCGCUCGGCGCAUUCUCGCCAACGGCGGUCAAUUCACCACUUGCUUUGGGGACGAACACACUUCAGCAAAUCCUAAUCUCCGUUCUCAUCUGCGAUCCCUACGACGCAGCUUUUUCAAAAAGGAUCGCAAAAACAUCGGUUACGAAUGGCUCGGCACGGAUCAAGGCGAGGACUGCCAAGAGGCUUUGGAAGCUGUGCGCGUGGCUGCUCAGCGUGGCGACGUCUGCCCUCGACUGAGAUCCAUCUUGCCAUUCGCCGACGCCCCUCGUGCAUUCGACCCAGUCAUUCGAGGCGUCGAAGAGGAGCCGGGUGCCGUCGUCGUUCGCGUUUCAUAAACAAUCCGGUGAUCGAUCAAUGCCUCUAUCCCAAGCUAUCACACACGCACUCCACUCAUUUCUCCCGUGCUCAUCCUCAUAUCCUGUCACCGUCUUCACGCUUCCCAUGCAUGCGGCAGCUAUCGCUCAAUGCUUACUUGUUGCUGACGGCGCCGCCGCAUUGCUGCUCACCCCAUCCCACAACACCCAAAAAUUUCCUUGCACCUUGCACUGCUCGAUGGACUGCAAUUCGAACACGAGGUUUUAA